UUAUCAUUCAUUGUGCUCAAGAUUCAGGACCAGAAUCCAAAAUGAAUAUUAAUUUAUCAAUAUUAUUGUAUCUUAUGUAUUAUUUCAAAUUAUCCAAUGGAGCUAGAUUACUAGGAAUAUUCACAAUGCCGGGAAAUAGUCACUAUAUUUUAGCCGAGAAAUUAAUGAAAGGGUUCGCUGCAGCUGGACAUCAUGUUACAAUGAUAUCUCCUUAUCCAACAAAAGGAGUUCCGAUGAAUGCUUCAUGGGAAGAUGUUGUUUUGGAAGGAUUAGAUGAGGUUUACAGAGAAAAACUCAAAAAAAUCAACUUAUACGAAGACAGCACACGAAGUAACUGGAAUAAAAUAGUUUCCUAUCAAGAACUUAUGUUGCAUUGGGUUAAUGCAACGCUCUAUCAUCCUAAAGUUAGAGCUCUAUUGACACCAGAAAAUAAAUUCGAUGCUGUUAUCAUGGAACAAUUUUUGAAUGACGCUCAUAAAUAUUUUGCCCAUUACUUCCAGUGUCAUUUAAUUUUAAUGUCAAGCAUGGGUCCAGUUGCAAGGGUUAACAACUUAGCUGCAAAUCCAGCUCCUCCAUCAUAUGUGGCAAGUUUUUCAAACAACGGUGAAUUUUCUGCAAAUAAAUUCUGGCACAGAUUCCGUAAUCUUUUUGACUACAUUACUGGGUAUUUGGUUGAAUAUUUUCAUGUGAGGCCGCUACAAAAUGAUUUGCUGCAAAAAGCUUUUCCUGGGGCUCCUUCAAUUGAAGAAAUAGACGAACGUACUGCACUGAUAUUACUAUCGUCGCAUACGAGCUUAUUGGAGGCAGUACCUUUAGUACCAAUCAUGGUCGAAAUUGGUGGUUAUUUUAUAGAUCCACCUAAAGCGUUACCGAAAGAUUUAAAACAAUUUUUAGAUAACGCUCCAGAAGGUGUUAUAUAUUUUAGUAUGGGUAGCAAUGUUAGGUCUAAAGACAUGCCCAUGGAAAAAAGGCGAAUGUUAUUUGAUGUUUUUUCGAAGUUGAAGCAAAAAGUAUUGUGGAAAUUUGAAGAUGAAAAUGCUGCUGGAAUGCCCGAUAAUGUUUUGAUCAAAAGUUGGAUGCCUCAACAAGAUAUUUUAGCUCAUCCAAAUGUGAAACUUUUCAUCACUCACGGAGGAUUCCUUAGUACCACCGAAACAAUUUUCCACGGAGUACCAGUAUUAGCAAUUCCAGUGUUCGGUGAUCAAUUUAUAAAUGCCAACAAAGCCGUUCGAUACGGCUACGGCUUAGUGCUGCCAUAUCAUGACGAUCAAAAUUUCAAUGCAGACACUUUGACUAGACUUGUUCGGGAACUUUUGACCAAUCCCAUUUACCAAGAAAAUGCUAAAAGGCGAUCGAGAAUUUUCAAUGACAGGCCAUUAAAACCCAUGGCGAACGCUGUUUACUGGUUGGAGUAUGUUUUAAAGCAUGACGGGGCUGAACAUUUGAAAGUCGCCGGAAGGAAAUUGCCUUUAUAUGAGUACUUAAUGCUGGAUGUAGUUGGUGUGAUACUAGUUCUUAUAAUGAUUAUUUUAUAUGUCGGAAAAGUGAUUUUUGAUAAAAUGUUUUCACAUAAAUCAUCGAAGGAACAUAAAAUUAAAUUAGGGUAAAAUUUGUCGUUUAUGAACAUUUUGAGAGAAAUGGAAAGUUGUGUCAUUGAAAAACGAAUACAAAAUUAUGGCGUUUCCGAUUGGUAGAUCUACUGCAGAACUAGUGCAAUUUUUUUUAUUUCUGUCUUUUUCUUCUACAGGUCGAUUAAAAGGAUGUAAAUACACUCAGUGCACACUAAAACUACCAAUCGGAAACGCCAUUAGUUUUCGGUCAAUUUAUUUAUUUUUGGGGUGGGUUCCGUUGCCAACCUUGGUUACGGUUACACGUUCCGUAAUGUCUGGUUUCUGAAAAACCGGUCCAUACGGAACGCGGUUGGUUAUGUCAAACAUGUCACCAAAGUAACCGGUGACGGAACCUACUCUUAAUGUAAGUGGUGUUAUAUUUAGAACGCAUUUCAAAUAAAAAUAAAUUAUUGCACAAAAAAAACUGCAUGUAGGUACCUACACGGCGCCCAACGUGGGGCCCCUUCACAAAGAAUCCCUUACGUUUUCGAUAUCUAAAUGACCUCCUCAAGAACUUUCUUGAGGAAAAAAAUAAAACGUAACAACAAAAAUCAGGAAUUGGGUGAAAAGUAAAUAUAGCACGUAUAUUUCAAUUUUAUGUAUUUCAUUUCGGCCGUCUAGCGGCCUACUGGGUGGCAGUAGGUCUUUUUCUGCUAUUUUUGCCGCAUCCCGAAUUCGCGGUAUGGAGUAGCAGCUACUCAAAUUCUUCGCUAUCAGGAUGUUUUUUUUUACUUUUUGGGAAUUACAUAGUACCAUAGGUAGUAUCACUUUUCAACGAGUCAUAUCAAGUACUCUAAGUUUCUAACAUUGGUAAUUCCUAUUGUUCAAGGUCAUCAUAGGCAGUCACUUGCUAACAAGUACCUACCUAUUUUAAUAAUCUUCGUAGGGUAGCAUCAUUAUUUGUGGGUUCUUUAAUUAAGUAAGCCUCUUCUCUGCCCAAAAAAUCAACCACAUUGAUUUCACACCAAAUCGGCGGUAGCCGUGCGCUGUUGUUAAGCAGCUCUUACCAGAGGGUCUUGUUCUUUUAUACUUCGUCUAUGUCGUUUGAAAUACUCCUAGUUUGCUCCUAGCCUUGAUGGAUAGGUACUCCCAUUCGCCCACAUCGAUCUGACCCGCUUUCAUCUUUACCUUGAAGACAUCUUCGAUUCGUUUGAAUCGCUGUCCUUUGCUGCGUUAGCCAUUUUAUAAAUGGGCAUUUAAAAUUUGCUUAGGAGGACGUGACCUGCCCAGUGUCGUUUUCUUGAAACAGGGGAGCAGGGUUCCCAGGAGAACCAAUGUUCCGUCUUUGCUGCUUAAAUUAUCAUUUGCACAUCAUUUAGAAAGACGGAACACUCGUUCUCCUGGGAGAGUUGCUCCCCUGUUUUAAGAAUAAGGACCCAGACUAUAGUGGAAUUGGUUUCCUCAAGGAUACUGUUCUUCAUUCGACAAUCUUGCCCGUUUAUUAUAAGUAUUCUUUUUGAGCAACGCUAGUGAAACUUUUCUAAGCAUUUUCACAUUCGCAGAGAACUGUUGAUAUGACUAUGACAUUGUAAACCGCGAGCUUACAAUUUCCGCGUCCAUAUUUGCAUUUAUAGAAAGAUUACUACCGAGGUAUAGAAACUAUUAUCUCUUUUCAGGAGGUGCUUCAUUGAUAAUUACAGCUAGAUCUCGAACUUUCGUAUUUGGCGCAUUUUUGUGUUAAGUAGUUUGUUGGUCUUCCUCUUUAUUUGCCAGAACAGCGUUAUCAUAAGCACAUUGAGCUUCCAGAUAGUUGCUGUGGAUACCUUGCUUUUGGCUCGCAGUCUGCUUGUUUGCAUAGUUUACCAUCAGGGCCAACGUCAGGAUUUCUUGGACAAAGUGAAGUACGGCUCCUAUGAAAAUAAAGAAUAUGCUUCGCGCAACGACACAUGCUUGCUUCACCCUGGUUGCGAUUUUGAAUGCUUCUCCGGGUCGAUUGUUGGUGAGGACAUUGCGGCGUUCUUAUUGUCAAGCAGGAAAAGAAGUAUAUUGAUAAAUUUAGGUGGACAGUCGUGCAAUGCCAGUAUUUUCCGAAGAACGGCUCGAUUAACAGUCAAACGCUUUGACAAGGCUUAUAAAUGCCAUCAUGUCUACUGUCCCUCGGAUAGAUCUAAAGCCACAUUGUGUUUUGGGUGUACAGAGCAUUGAUAUUCCUCGGCAAUUUCCAUACUUUAUCUUAUCGCCUUCUCGUGAAUAUAGUGAAGAUAGAGGUAACUCGCAAAGUCGCAAAUCUGCGGGAAUUGUCUCGGCGUUCCAUAUUUUGGCAAAAUGAACGUAAGCGUUGAGUUGAACUGUCGCACGGCCCCCAUCUUUAAAAGCUCAGCAGGAACUUCGUCCAACCCAGCAGCUUCAUUAUUAUUUAAUUGGUUGAUAGCUUUUUCAAACUUUUGAUAGGAAGGGACUUCACUGAGUUGAUUUUGAAUUAAUUUUUGAGGGACUUUAUCGGAGACUUCAUCAUCUAUGCUAGAAUCUGUGUUUGAGAGUUUCUGAAAAUGCUCCUUUAAUCGGGAGUUAAUAGAAGCGGGCAAUUUGAGUAGCUGGGACCCAUCUCUGGAUCUAAGGGGAUUUGAACAUUUUGAAAAGGGACAAUAUGUGGCAUUUGGGCCAAAUAGCGAAAAAGUGCAUCAUCAUGCUUCAUUCACCACAUGGACAUCAUACGUUACAUCAUCAAUCAAAAUUGAUUUUUAUCACAAUCUAAAUCACAUAAACUGCAUUUUACUUCAUCAUUUUUAGUGUGCAUCUUCACUUACUCUACAAGUCAUUUUAUCAUCUAGGUAUAUAAGUAGGUACCCGCUGAUUGACGUAGCCAGGAGCAUUGGGAGUUUUUGAGUUUGCAGGUGGAUGAUAUUCUAUCUAUACGCUAAUGCACGGGCUACGUAAAUCACCCUGUAGUUAUAUGAAAUUAUCGGUUUGUAACUUUCUAAUAAGUCUUCCGAUUCUCGAUGUUCAACCGUAUCUGUCAAUUCAGGUACCCUCAUCCAAGACUCUGUCUCUCAUUUCCUCGUCCAGUCCACUUCUCCAUAUUCUUUUUGCUCUAUCUAUCGCUUUUUCUUUGAUGUAUUUUGUCUGUCCACGCGGGAUAUUUAUCCGCUGUUCGCUAAUACCCCCGAGGCGCCCUUAUCAUGGACACUGUGGCGAAGGCGACAAUCCAUAUAAAGUAAAUACCUACCAAAGAGAAUUAUUAUUAUAAGAAAAAGCCUGCUGGAAGCAAGCAAUAAAUCAAAUGUCUGCGUUAUGAACUACUAAAUCAUAUACAAAGUCUGAUAAAACAAAUUCACCCGCCCAAAAAGCAACACUUACACGGAGGCAAAAGAGUCCCAAACGCAAACGCAAACUCGCUCACUCAAAAUAAUUCCACUUCACUUUCUACGCAACAAAUUUGACUAUAAUCUCAAUAAUCUUACUGUAGCGAAUUCUGUUUUGGUAAACAAACAUAUACCUACAUACAUAUAAAAAAAU